AGAUAUUCGGCUUGGGUUAAGGUAAGUUCACAGCACUGAAUGUUACAUGGCAGGGUAGGUACAAAAAUUGCACCAAAAAUUGCACACAGUGCACAGGCCAUGUAGAAAUUCACUAGCGAAUAUGCGAAUUGGGGUGAAUUGAACAGAGAAAUUGUUGAAUUGAAUUCAAGUCACUAAUAUUUUAAUUUUUUUUUCUACACUCAAAUUUUACCUUUUGCUAAACCUGGCAGGCCAAAAGGACCCUGAGAUCUGGCCUCCUUCCCCUACAGGCUUUGCCGAUCGCCUCUUUUAGUUUUGAUUCUUAAUUCCCUAUUACUACCUACCUUACAUACCUUCUAGACCUCUCCUACCUCUCUUACCUCUCUUAUAUAUACCAUCCCAUAUCACAUAGGCACGGUAUCCUAAAUUCUCACUUUCUUUCAGUUGAUGACUUGAAGUCAAAGUCGGUCUUCUCCAUCUAUCGUCAUACCAUAUUGACUACCUGGUUUCAUUCAUUCCCUACACCUAAAACUUUAGGAACAUAGGAACAUACCUAGCUAGGCAUUCUAGGUACUUGAACUACCUAGUCAUCCACCAUGGCUGAAGUAACUUCUGUGCCUGCUGCUGCGCCCGCUGUUGAGAAGAAGAAGCCUGAGAAGCCCGACGCCGAUCUCUUCAAUGAGCAAUUGGCUAAGGCCGAGAAGGAAUACAAGGAUUCUUUUGCUAAAUAUAACGCCGUCAAACAGAAGGUCGAGCUCGCCGUAGGAGGCAAGAAUAAGGACAACCAAUCUCCCACCCAAAAACGUCGCCAGGAACUUAUCGCUCAAGCCAAUGAAAUCCGCAACAAGCAGGGUGCUGGCAAGAAUGCCCGUACUAGCAAGCUUGAUCAAAUCAAGCGCCUUGACGAACAGCUUCGCUCUCGAAUCGCCGAACAGAAGAAUGCGCGCAACAAGGUUGCCUACAAGAGCGUCGAGGACCUCGACCGACAAAUCGAAAGUCUUGACAAGCAGGUUAAUAGCGGCUUGAUGAAACUCGUCGAUGAGAAGAAGGCCCUUACCGAGAUUUCGAACCUCCGAAAGCAGCGCAAGAACUUUGCUCAAUUCGAUACUUCACAAAAGGGCAUCGAUGAGCUGAAGGCCAAGAUCAAGGAGAUCAAGGACAGCAUGGAAGAUCCGGAAGCACGUGCGCUUAGCGAUCAAUAUACCAAGAUCCAAACCGAGCUUGACGCUAUCAAAGCUGAGCAAGACGAAGCAUUCAAGAACGUGAAUGUCCUGCGCGACGAGCGAAGCAAACUACAGGCCGAACAACAAGAAAAGUUCCAGGCCGUGCGUAAGCUCAAGGACGACUACUAUGGCGCAAAGAAGGCCUUUGGCGAGUACGAGCGUGAGGCUCGCCAGCGAGCCCGUGAGCGGCAGAGAGCCGAGCGCGACCGCAUCGAGAAGGAGCGCAAGAAGGAGCGCGCCCAGAAACUGCUCCAAGAGGCAAGCGACCCUGCCUACCUCGAGGAGAUUCAGCGAGCCAACAGCCUGCUCCAUUAUCUGGACCCAUCCUCGGCCCCCACAGAGAAGGCACCCCUUCUAGCUGAUAGCGGUCUCGGUGCUCAAGCUUCGCGCAAGGUUGAUGAUGCCGGACUCAAGGGCACCAGAUUGCUACGAAAGGAAGAUCGCGAAGAAGAUUAUUUGCCUGCCGUGAAGAAGGGUAAGAAGGGUAAGAAGAGCGUCGCUACUGAGAAGGGUUACAAGUGCCCACCUUCUGUUAUCGACGACUGCGUAUUCUUGGGCAUUGACCCUCCCAUGAGCGCCGAUGAUGUCCCCGGCGUUGCUGAGAAGGUCAAGGCCAAGCUGGAGACCUGGAAGUCCGAUCAACAGGCCCAAACGCAACGAAACGUUGAGAAGGCCAAGAAGGAGAUCGAGAAGUUGGAGGCUGAGGAAGCAGCGGAUGCUUCGGGCACUGCAACCCCUAACGGCGUCAACGGAGAUAAAAAGACUGAUGACAAAGUGGAAGCCGUCACUUCGGAGCUAAAGGAGACAUCGCUAGAGGAACAGACGGCAUAGAAAUGCCAACGACCCGCGAAACGUCACGGCUCGAGCCUGAAUAAGGUCUUAUCCGUCACAUAACGGAGUGCCUGUUAUUAUAACAUCAAAGGACCCUUGAUCACCACAUAUAAAUGGGUCUGGUUCACUACAUACUAAAUGAGGUCGGGCUUUUGGUUUUUUUUUCUCUUGAGCGGGAACGACUGGAUGGGGACAAGGUGAUGAGGGGGGGAAGGGAAAAUGGAGGUUAUAUUCCCACAUCACGUGUACCUAUGUAGUAUCACCAUGUCCGCAUUAGGUAUCUUUGUUUCCUGCACGCCGGAAAUCUUUCUCGGCCUCAUCAAUCCUCAUUCUUCCAUCUAUCAUUACUCGAUUUUGCAAUGUGUAUCGGAUAUGAGAGGUAGAGAUAUGUAUUUGUAGGUACCAGGUAGGUACCUACCAUACUACUACAUAUGUAGGUAUCGGCAUGUACUAUCGUGAUACGGAAAACAGGCUAACACUAGCUAACCAUCAAAAGUAAACCUAUCUCAUACCUCGAUAUAAUAAGUAAGCUUCGUGCAAGCGUCGUGCGGUAUGGGCCGACCCUUUGGGUUCGUUGUUGUUUUUCUU